GAAAAAUACUGAACAUCCACCCGUCUCUACUGCCUUCUUUCAAGGGAGCAAAUGCCCACAAACUGGUGUUACAAGCUGGAGUCCGCGUCACCGGCUGCACUGUGCACUUCGUGGCUGAGGAGGUUGACGCCGGAGCAAUCAUUUUCCAGGAGGCAGUCCCAGUUAAGAUCGGCGACACCGUGGAGACCCUGUCCGAAAGGGUGAAGGAGGCCGAGCACCGAGCCUUCCCUGCUGCCCUGCAGCUUGUCGCCAGCGGGGCCGUACAGGUGGGGGAAGCCGGCAAGAUCUACUGGAAGUAG